AUGCAGUCCAAGCUCGCUGGAGCUGAUACCCCUGCUGUUACCCCUGCUGAUACCAGCACUGUGGUAAACACCCCAGAGCCUACGCCGACUGAGCCAGCACGGUACAGCAAAGGAGUUAGUAAAGCUUGUUGGAAAUUCAUUGUGGCCGGAUUGGUCAGUGCGCUGCUUCUCCUGGUAGUGGCUGGGGUUCUGGUUUGGUACUUCUUGUCCUCGCGGUGUCUUUCCGGGGUGUCUUGUAAUGGCGGUGGUCACUGCAUCAGCCCCUCCCAGUGGUGUGACGGGGUAAUGGACUGCCCGGGGGGGCAGGAUGAGGCACAGUGCUUCCGGCUCCAUGGGCCCCAGUUCGUUCUCCAGGCGUACGGUGGGGCCGGCGGGACGUGGAAGCCUGUGUGUGCCAAGGGCUGGGGCAGAAACUUUGGGCUGGCGGCAUGUGGACAGAUUGGAUAUGACAGAGAGACCUACGUUAGCUCUGAGGAGGUCACUUUCUAUGACCCCAAUGGGUACAUGCAUUUGGCCACUGCCUCAGACCCAGAUACUCUUCUCCAGCAGAACCUGGUCAGCAGCGAAUACUGCUCUGGAAACCGUGUCGUCUCCCUGCGCUGCAUCGAGUGUGGCACCCGAGUGGCCCUCCCAGGGUCACGGAUUGUGGGUGGGGAGAUAUCCAUCAGGGGGGCGUGGCCAUGGCAGGUCAGCCUGUGGGCGGGGUUUACGCACAUGUGUGGUGGGUCCAUCAUCACCCCCUACUGGAUAGUGACGGCAGCUCACUGCUUAGAAACGUUCACAGAAGCGAGCGACUGGACCGUGUACGCUGGGUUCCUGGACCAGUACGACAUGUUCAGAGGCACAGGAGUCUCUGUGUCUCGCCUCAUCUCCAACACGUACGACGGCUCAACCAGCAAUAACGAUGUCGCUCUUAUGAAGCUGAGUCAGCCGCUUAAAAUGUCAGAUGAUGUGAAACCAGUGUGUUUGCCUAAUUUUGGCCAGGACUUUGCCUCCCCCAGAACAUGCUGGACAUCAGGAUGGGGAGCCAUUCGUGAAAUGGGACCUUCCUCACAGUUCCUGCGGGAUGCCGAGGUGCCUCUGAUUAACAGGUCGGUCUGUAACAGCCCACCCGUGUAUGACGGAGCGAUCACUGAGGCCAUGAUCUGUGCUGGCUUCCUCCAGGGCGGUGUGGACUCCUGCCAGGGUGACAGCGGGGGCCCUCUGGUGACAGAGGAGGCGUCUGUAUGGUGGCUUGUAGGGGACACUAGCUGGGGCCAUGGCUGUGCCAGGCCCAACAGCCCUGGGGUCUAUGGCUACAUGCCUGCCUUUUUGGAAUGGAUCUAUCAGCAAAUGCAGAAAUAUAGAUGAACGAUUCAGAUGGAUCUCAUCGGCCAUAAAUCGGCAAAUCUUGAAAGUCUUGAUAUCUUCUUAAGAUUUCCAUUUCUUUUAGAUGAAGAAGUAGGUUGUUUACUUCAUUGUAGUGGACACUCUGAAGAGUUUGGUUUAAAUAC